UGGCGAACCCUGUUAACUAUAAAUUAACCAACAUUUCAAAAUUUUAACAAACCUCUCUUUUGGAAGCAAAGGUUAAAACUUAAAACCUAGGAGCUUUGUUUUCGCUUUCAACACAAUUUUUAGCACCAGCAAGAUGGCUUAUGAAAUCAGUGAGCAAAAGAAGGUUGGCAUAGGUCUUGUUGGUUUUGGGAUCCUCUUCUCAUUUCUUGGCAUCAUUCUAUUUUUUGACAGGGGUUUGCUUGCUCUGGGAAAUAUAUUAUGGUUGGCAGGUGUUGCCCUUUUACUGGGUUGGCGGUCAACACUGCAACUUUUUACAGACAGAAGGAACUAUAAGGGAUCUGUUUCAUUUCUUCUUGGGAUGUUCCUCAUAUUUGUUCGUUGGCCAAUAGCUGGUAUAAUCACAGAAUUGUAUGGCUGCGUUUUUCUCUUUGGUGGAUUUUGGCCAUCUAUUAAGGUAUUUCUCUAUCAGAUUCCGCUACUUGGAUGGCUGCUGCAGUAUAUCCGACACUGAUUCUUGAUCGUCUAUGAUAGCUUCCUGUUUGAUCUUCUGCUUACGUUGCUCAGUUCAAAACUGCCUCCUGGUUGAAGGACUGAAAAGCAUGAAUUUUUUCCAGUUGAAGGACAGAAAGACUUCAUCAAAUUUGCAGAAGCAAUCAAAGGACCUACUAACAAAGUGUUAAAGCAGAUGAUUUACAAUUUUUAUCUUCAGGUAAUAUUUGGGAUUAUGUAUUCUAAUGGCUGUCAAAUGUAAUUAUAUUGUCUUCAUCCUACUUCUUGUCGUAGUUCCUUUUUCAUACGAAGUUUAUUGUUUCCCUAUGAGUGGCAAAAAGUAGAUAUUCAGAGAACAUUGACAGUGAAUUGACCACAAAAGAGUUACACCUC